GGUAGAUGGGCGGUGGGUGGUUGGCUUGAUAGCCUUGCUCUUUGUCUCUCAGCCCAAAAUUCAACGCCAACGAAAUAUGCCCCAUGAGUCGUAUGCCACCUUUAUCUUGUAGUUCUUACAAUGUAUAAGACUUACUCAGGUGCCUGAUCUUAGAAUACUAUGCUAAAACACUUCACUACUGGUCGUUCUGUCUUGAACCAUUCUUCGAUAGGAGGCCGAAGUGCGUAGUCUAUAAGCCGUUCUCUGGUUACGACAUGAUUACUGAUGAUCAAAUAUACAUUGGGCCGGUGGCCAGUACUACUGUACAAAAACUAAACUACACAAAGCCCCCCCUUGAGCUGGAUAUUCAAAAUCCGUUUCUCUGGUCCGGUCGCCAAAACUCUCAAUUUCGGACUCAGAGUCAACUAUACGUCUCGCCGUGCUCACUUGCUGCCAUUCUCCCUUGCUCGCUUGCGUCUUUCAUACUCCUCUUUCGUGCAAGGGAUCACGCGUGUACGUUCAAACGACUCUCGGGGAGCGACAGUUUCGCACAUGUAGACAGGGCGCGGAGGUGCAUGCGACGACAGUUCGCGGCAAGACAUCAACACCUUGGCGAUGUCCUGGCUUCGAAGCGGGUCAGGGCGAUGAUCGGUUACCGGGACAAUGACCUUCACCACCUGAUUAGCUGUCUGGCGGAUUUCGUCUGGGGUGGCGUGUCUAAUGCCACGCGAGCGCAGAAAGUCCUCGAUGGGUUUCUUCUUGGGCUUGACGACCUUGGACGGACGGACGGGACUUGUCUUCCGUUUGUCGUCCUGCGACGUCGGGGUCGGAGUCAAGUUGAAGCCGUUAUCUUGAGUCAUUUUCGGGAGGUUUGCAGAGGAAGAGGGACUGUCAGAGUUGGAAGCAAGAAGGGAACUGGGGGUCCGUCUGACCUUCAUAUACUUCUCGGUGAACAAGGAGCCAUAUCGACUUGAUUCUUGAACGACUGAGUCCUCGCUCGCUUCGGAUGCAGACUCGCUCUUUAUGCAAUCCUCGGUCUCUGUUGAAUAUACUGCAUCGGUAACUGGCCAUUCGAUCACUGUAUUAUUAGUUUCCAUCUCCUCUAUCUUUACAGUCACGUCAUCCUCGUCCUCGUCCUCGUCUUCGUCCUCGAAUUCGUCCUCGCCGGAGUCCUCAUCGUCAGCGUCGUUGCUGUAAUCUUCAGG